UGUCCUUGUUGCUUCAUGUUGGUGAACCUGCUUCCUGUUAGUGUACGGUCCGCAGUUCCCUCUGUGUUUCUUUAUCGUUCUUCCUUGGUGAGAGAAACGCGAACAAAGAUGGCAAAGGUGAAGUGUUCUGAAUUAAGGACUAAGGAUAAGAAGGAGCUGCUCAAGCAGCUCGAGCAGUUAAAAACAGAAUUGACCACUUUGAGGGUGGCCAAAGUAACCGGAGGAGCAGCCUCUAAAUUAUCCAAGAUCCGUGUCGUGAGGAAAGCCAUCGCACGUGUAUAUAUUAUUAUGCACCAGAAGCAGAAAGAGAACCUUCGCUUGUUUUAUAAGAAUAAGAAGUACAAGCCCCUUGAUCUGAGGCCAAAGAAGACGAGAGCUCUGCGUCGUGUUCUUACCCCUUAUCAGGCUAGCAGGAAAACACUGAAAGAGAUACGCAAGCGUUCCGCAUUCCCACAGAGGAAGUAUGCGUUGAAAGUGUAAUAUGUACAUCCUUAAUUAAUACGCAAAAUAAAAAUUUCAUCAAAUA